AUCCCUCUAUCUCCGAUUUUUUUUUUUUUUUAUGUAUAUUAGAUUUUGGAAUUAGUUUGUUUCGUGGUACUGUUGUUUUUAAUUUCCUUCGAUUAUUGCAUAGGAAACAACCUAGAAAUUAGUACAAACAUCAUGAGCAAUCUACAGGAUUGGCCUGAACCAAUAGUUCGAGUCCAGUCCUUGUCUGAAAGCAGCCUCCACACAAUUCCCAAUAGGUACAUCAAGCCACCACAUGACAGGCCAUCGUUAACCAUCUUCGACAGCACUGUUGCGGAAGCUAACAUCCCCAUCAUCGAUCUUGCUGGUUUAUUCAGUGACGAUAAGGUUCUUCAUGCCAAAAUUCAGGAUGAAAUUUUCAACGCGGCUCGUCAUUGGGGUUUUUUUCAAGUCUUGAACCAUGGAGUUAGGCCUGAACUCAUGGAUCGAGCCCGGGAAGCCUGGCGGGACUUCUUCCAUUUGCCUAUGGAGAUGAAGCAAGCUUAUGCAAACUCACCGAAAACUUAUGAGGGGUACGGUAGCCGAUUGGGAGUUCAAAAGGGUGCCAUUCUUGAUUGGAGCGAUUACUAUUUCCUUCACUAUCUUCCAUUGUCCCUCAAGGACUACAAUAAAUGGCCUGCCUCCCCAACUGAUCUCAGGGAGGUAAUUGAUGAAUAUGGGAGGGAGGUAGUGAAGCUAUGUGGGAGGGUAAUGAAGGUUUUGUCGACGAAACUAGGAAUGAGAGAGGACCAUCUGCAAAAUACAUUUGGUGGAGAUGACUUUGGCGCCUGCCUAAGGGUGAAUUUUUAUCCGAAGUGUCCGCAGCCUGACUUGACCCUGGGUCUAUCAUCGCACUCGGACCCAGGUGGCUUGACCAUGCUCUUGCCGGACCACCAGGUGUCCGGUCUUCAGGUUCGUAAAGACGGCAAGUGGAUCACCGUAAAGCCAGCCCGCCACGCCUUUAUCGUCAACAUCGGUGAUCAAAUUCAGGUACUGAGCAAUGCAAACUACAAGAGCGUGGAGCACAGAGUGAUUGUGAAUUCAGCACAUGAAAGGGUGUCUCUUGCCUUCUUCUAUAAUCCAAAGAGUGAUAUUCCAAUUGAACCAAUUAAAGAGCUAGUUACGCCAGAUAAGCCGGCAUUAUAUCCUCCAAUGACGUUUGACGAAUACCGGCUUUUCAUCAGAGCAAGGGGUCCCCAAGGCAAAUCUCAAGUGGAAUCUCUCAAAUCUCCUAGAUGUUGCAGUUCAUGAGAAGCAUAUAUGUAUGUAUAGCCUGUAAUUAAAUCCAUUGUAAACACAAUCCCUGUUUUUUCCCUUUUUAAAUAUGGGGUUGUUAAUUUAAUUGUAAUUAUCAACCGAGAUAAUAAAAGAGAGGCAUAGUA